CUCUACGCAUCUACGUCACGUUACGUGUUCCUUCAGUUGUCAAAAUCUGUCUGUUUGAAAAAGAUGUUGGUGUCCUCCGUCCGGUAUCCUUAAAAAUCCGAAAGAUAGUUUAUUCAUUAAAAUGCACUCACAAAUCUGUCUUUUGACACUAAGUUUAUUAAGUAUAUUCUGUAAUGGACAACGUGUAGCACCUGGAGUUCCUCCCCAACAUUAUCAGCAAGCACAGCCACAAUAUCAAGUGCCCCAACAUGGAAAUAUGCAUCAACAAGUUCCCCAAAUGCAGCAAGUACCUAUCCAGCAGCAACAAGUUCCUGUUCAAUAUCAGCAACAACAAGUUCCUGCACAAUUUCAGCAACAGCAAGUCCCUGUUCAACAUGUUCAGGGGCAUGGCCAUGGUCACCAUGGAGAGCCACAAAUUUUGAAUGCUGCCAAUAUGGCACAUGAAAAAGAUCAUAUAGCAGAACAUUUAGAGAUGCCACUUGAUACCAGUAAAAUGUCAGAGCAGGAAUUGCAAUUCCACUAUUUCAAAUUGCAUGAUGCUGAUAAUAAUAAUAAGCUAGAUGGUUGUGAAUUAAUCAAAUCACUUAUACACUGGCAUGAUCAAGGUAAAGAGAAAGCUAAUGCCCCAACAGAAGAUAAAAUCUUUAAAGAUGAGGAAUUAACAACCCUUAUUGAUCCAAUACUAAAUGUGGAUGAUAGCAACAAAGAUGGAUAUAUAGAUUAUCCAGAAUUCAUAAAAGCACAGCAGAAAGCAGCUGCUCAAAAUAACAAUGUAUAGAAUUGAAAAGUUUUUUAAGUUUACUGAUAUUAAUGUUUUUGUAAAAUAAAGAUUUUAAUUGUCUUA